AUGUCGCGUCUGCUCGGUUUUGGAUCAUUUUUUGGCAAGCAGGUUGGAGCUGAAGGCGAUAUCGAGGAGGCGCUGAAUUGUGAUGGCGCAAGUCAUGUGCCAGCUACUUCAGGGGCAACUUUACUCCCACGACCAGUUGCCUCUGCUCUGUCAAUCUUGACUCAAUCGACCUCAUUGUCUCUGAAAUUAGGGAGUUUUUUCGGUGGCAUUGCUAUUGAAGGAGCACGAGUCACGACGCUUACCGGAUUGGAACUCAGUAGAGCAGUCAUUGAAGGAAUUCUUACGAGAGCUGGGCGGGAUGUUGCUGUUCGAAGCAGUGGAGAGCGUGGGAAAGUGGAGGCGGAGUCGUUACUCGAACGAAGCUUGGCCGCCCUGCACACCACGGUCACCUCCGCCUCGUUCUUUGCAGCCGCAACAUUUCAUUUCUCAUCAACAACGCUUUCCUCUGCUGCAAAUGUAUCUCAGGCCCUUUUGUCUACUCUUGACGCAAUACUCGGCUCGACCGAAUCGUCAAGAGCUAUUGCGGCUAUCAUAACGCUUAUUCGACGGGAGUUCAGAAGUCCCAAUACUGAAAUAGGUACCGACAAUAUCGGUGUCGGCGACCUUCUCGUCGGAACUGUCGGCUUUGCGAUGCUACAAAGAUGGGGCCGAAAAAGCACCGAGAGGCAUAUGCGCCUUAAUGGCGGUCAUGAGACUGUUUGGGAUGUUGUGAUCUUAGACAAUGGUGUAAGGGCCGAUGUCAUUGGCACUCAUCCAAUCGAGUCUGCUGGAUAUUCUCGGAGUGCGCUAGGAUCUGCGACUAGACGAUCAUCUUUCAUAUCGCCCGGCAAUGAGGAGGAACGUUUCGAUGCUGUGCCGCGGCCAUCGAGUGUGGUCGAACAUGUUGAGGUGCCCCAAAUGUCGCUUCCAGCUAGCGAUCAACAAGUCUCUGACGAAGAUAUUCGUCUACACAUAAUGAGGCAACUUCCACGGGGUUGUCGUGCGUCAAUCAGAUCCGAUGUGGUCACUACAAGGACCAUAACAGUUGAUAUUUAUGAUGAUGACAAUGCUGAGAUUUCUGCUCCUCCGGGAAUGAUGAUGAUUGAGGAAAGAUUUCACAAUGACCGAUCGGGCGAAAACAGUGGUCUUCUUUCUACUACGCACCAACUACCCAAGCACACGGUUGUCUUCAGAACUGCUUUCAAUAAAAUACAAAAUGCGGACGUCAGGCCGUCUCACAGGCCUGAGACCUCCAAUGUGCGAGGACUCGAGAUUCCGACAGCUGCUAAAAGUCUUCCUGCAUUACCAUCUGCCUUGCUUGAUAUAAAAAAGCAAAAGGAUAACAAAAAUGAUGAUUCCCAGGCGCGGAUCAGCAACAGCAAAGCGGUAUCCAAUGAGCAGCCUUCAACGAUGGGACACAUAGAGAAUCUUGAAUAUGACAAGCCUCAUAGUCACAUCGCACCAGAAUCGAGUUCAGAACGUUGCUCUUCGACAGGAACAGCACGGGAUUCCAAGCAGGGCGGUGCCAAAAAAUCUCGUGAAGUUUCCAGCAGUGGUUCUGUGAACGAACAAAGCACGGGGUCUAAAGGUGCCUUCGGGAAAGGGUCGCUGACAAGAUUAGCGCAGAAGGUAAAACCAGCUAGUGUCGAGAGAGACGAGGCUGGCAAACGACCAGCACAACGAUAUUCUCUAGAUAAGGCUCCGAGGGUUUCGAAGAAUGCGACGCAGCGUAACAAGAUGCAGAAAGUGCUCCUUGCUGACAAGAGAUCCACCCACCAUGACAUGUCCACAACGCCAACUGUCGCGGAAAGAGCAAUUAAGACGACAGGAUCUCACAUGGACAGAAUAUUGUCGCCGGUCGCGAACAGAGGAGUGCCCAGAUCACCCCUACAUGACCCACGGUUGCGAACUUCUCCCGGUCAGACACGUCGAGUGCAAACGCCGAACAAGCCCCAAAGUGAUGCGCAGCUUGAUUAUUUCACCGUCCAUGAAUUGAACCAGGAGUCUUUCAUCACCCAAUCAGACUCAUACUCCUUCCGAUCCGCAGGCACGCGACCAGGCUCACCAACCGCUACACGAACCCAUGUGCGAAGUAGCAGCUCCUUAUCAUUGACGCGAUCCGAGACAGACAUAGCUUUAUCUUUAGGUGCAGAUGGCCGCCCAACGUCGUCGGGUUGGCAGCAGAGGACUACUUCGUUCGCACCAAGUAUAUACUCCUUAGCAACAGCGGGCUCGGAGACGUCACUCAUACUUGCUCAUCGUGCACGAAAGAGCGCAUACGACGAUAUAGACACUAUCAGAUCGCUAACCCGUGACGGCAUAAUCCCUGGUAUAUUCCCAGAGCAACAUUUUGUACAGAACAUCAGACGCUUUUGCCGAUUCUCCUCGGCCUCAUAUGGAUCGAACGCCUUGAAAGUGAUGGGUGUGACGAGACCAGCCCAGGCUAUUCCUGACCGGGAAACUGACAGCCAGGAACACUCUGAUUUCUCGGUCCACACGGGACUACCGGCGUCAACAAUCCUCUUGUCAUCUUUCGUUGACCCGGCAGGAGGAACCAAUGCUGCGGGGGAGACUGACAGCGGUUUCCCUUUGGUUCAUUAUGUGUGCCUGGACCAUGCUUCAAAAGCUGUUGUUCUGACUCUCAGAGGAACAUGGGGAUUUGAAGACGUUCUCACAGAUAUGACUUGCGACUAUGAUGACCUCGUAUGGCAAGGCAGAAGCUGGAAAGUUCACAAGGGUAUGCAUGCUUCGGCAAGGCGCCUUCUAAUGGGAGGCGGCGGAAGAGUUAUGAUCACCAUCAGGGUCGCUCUUGAAGAGUUCCCAGACUACGGCGUAGUAUUGUGCGGCCAUUCCUUAGGGGGUGGCGUUGCCGCACUUCUAGCCACUAUGAUUUCGGAACCCAACAGCGACCAAUUUGGAACCUCGUUCGUAACCGCUACGCCUCGGUCUGCCGCACAGCGGAUGCUCCAGGGAAACAAUGACGACGAAGCUGAAGAGAACCACCUUCCCUUCUAUCUACCAACUGGACGUCCAAUCCAUGUGUAUGCGUACGGUCCCCCGUCUACUAUGUCCCCAUUCCUACGCCGUGCAACUCGUGGCUUAAUAACGACGAUCGUCAACGGCCAAGAUGUGGUACCAAGUCUUUCUUUAGGCAUCUUGCACGAUAUGCACACUGUCUCUGUCGCGUUCAAAAGCGACACUUCUGGGACUAAGUCACAUGUGCGAUAUAGAGUUUGGGAAGGUCUAAGGCAAAGCAUUGUUAACAAAUUUUAUGUCAAUGAAGCGCCCAUGCUUCUGCACGCUGGCGAAGGCGUAGGGGAAGACGCCUGGGCGUGGAAAACUUUAAAGGCGCUUCGAGAAGAGAUGUGUGCCCCCAAGCUCCUGCCUCCUGGAGAGGUCUUUGUGGUGGAGACGAUGCGUGUUCUUCAACGUAAUGCCUUUACGUCUGACGUUGGCGGGGACGGCUACCCAAUGCUUGGUCGGCCUGCAACGAGGGUACAGUUGAAGUUUAUCCGAGAUGUCGAGUCACUUUUUGGAGAGUUGAGAUUUGGGUCAGGAAUGUUCAGCGAUCACAACCCAGCAAGAUAUGAGGCCAGUCUGGCGGCGCUUGCGCAAGGUAUCCUUGACGAUUGA